CUGGCCGACAUGAAGAAUUAAGAAAAGGGAAAAGAAAAAAACCAAGGGACGAGAGAGUUAUUGGUCAGGUGGAAGGCCUCACUUGUCGCCCCAUUUCUCACCCUCUAGUCUUUAUUCUCUGUUUUGGGCUCUCCGUUGCCAGUAUAUAUAAAGCAGAGAGAUAAUGCUCGGAAGAAUGGUUUCGCAGUCCACGUAAACGUAAACAAUGAGAAGAAUGGUGUAAACUAAGUGUAGGUUCAAUUUCUUGGUUUCGCCUUGGUCUACUCUUUUAUCUGUGAAUCUAUCUCACCGAUACUAAAGGGUUUAUUCCUAGAGAGAGAGAGAGAAAGAGAGAGCAAAAUGGAGUUACCUAAGCCCAGCAUCUUCUUUUUGUUCUUCGCUCUGUUCACCCAUGCCGUGAGGGCUCACAUCGCAGACUUCGAUGAGGUGUGGCAGGAGCGAGCCAAAGAGGCUGAGCAGCGCACCAUUCACAACUAUGAACCCAACCCUGAGGCAGUCACCAGUCAAUUCAACGCACAUGUAGACAAGGCAUUGAAGAGGGCUGCGAGAAACACAACGAGAAGGUCGUUGAGUAGCCACGUAGGGCCAUGCCUGGCGACCAACCCAAUAGAUAGGUGCUGGAGGUGCCAACCCAACUGGGCCAAGAAUCGAAAGAGGUACACCAAGUGCGCGUUGGGCUUCGGCAGGAAAACCAAGGGUGGCAAGAACGGCCGCAUCUAUGUCGUCACUGACCCUUCCGACUCCGACAUGGUCAACCCAAAGCCCGGCACUCUUCGCUACGGCGUCAUCCAAAAGGAGCCACUCUGGAUCAUCUUCGCCCACGACAUGGUCAUCCGUCUCAGCGAGGAGCUUAUGAUAACCUCCCACAAGACCGUCGACGGCCGUGGCGCCCACGUCCACAUCGCCAACGGCGCUGGCAUUACUCUACAGUUCGUCGACAACGUCAUCCUCAGUAACCUCCAUAUCCACGACAUCUACGCUAGCGGUGGCGGCCUCAUCCGUGACUCUGUCGACCACUACGGCCAGCGCAGUGGUAGCGACGGUGACGGCAUCUCUAUCUUCGGCUCCACCAACGUCUGGGUGGACCAUAUGUCCAUGUCCCGUUGCAAGGACGGCCUCAUCGAUGCCAUCAUGGGUUCCACCGCCAUUACCCUCUCCAAUAACCAUUUCACUAGCCACAACGAGGCGAUGCUGUUCGGAGCAAGUGACAGCUACGCUGCUGACGAGAAGAUGCAGAUCACGGUAGCAUUCAACCACUUCGGGAGGGGAUUAGUUCAGAGGAUGCCGAGGGUCCGAUGGGGAUUCGUCCACGUUUUGAACAAUGAUUACACACACUGGCUAAUGUACGCCAUUGGUGGCAGCCAACACCCAACCAUCAUCAGCCAAGGCAACCGCUUCAUCGCUCCACCCACAGCGGCAGCAAAGGAGGUGACCAAGAGGGAUUACGCAGGGGAGGAUGUUUGGAAGAACUGGUGUUGGAGAUCUGAGGGUGAUCUGAUGAUGAACGGUGCCUUCUUCGUGCAAUCGGGAUCCCCAUUCAAGAAGAAGCUCUUCUCAAACAAAGACUUGAUCAGGCCAAAGCCCGGCACCUUUGUCACUAGGCUAACCCGCUUUGCUGGUGCACUCAACUGCAAGAUCGGCAAGCCUUGCUAAAUCGGUUCUUCUUCUUCUGCUGCUGCUUCUUCAGACACUUCACCUUAGAAGCCUACCGUGCUUAAACAAAGAGCAACUGUGUAGGUGCAUGUGUAGGUCAGGGAUAAGUUCAGGACCUUUAGUUCAUUGAGGAUGUGCUUCUUCUUCUUCCUAAGUUUGUUUUUAGUUUCAAGGAAAAAAAAAUUAAUCAUAAAGAAAUAAAAAUGGAAACAAGAGGGAAAAAAGAAUGUAAAUAGAUAUUAAUUGGUAUCAGCUACUGAUUCAAUUUAUUGGUUUUAUAUUACUGUUA